AUGGCUCACUCCCGUGCCAACGGCUCCCACUACGCCCUGACUGCCAUCGGGCUGGGCAUGCUGGUGCUGGGCAUCAUCAUGGCCCUCUGGAACCUGGUCCCUGGCUUCGGUCCCCCCGACAAGCCCUCCGCCCACGCCGGCAACAGCAGCAAGCCGGAGCGCGGCACGGGGGCGGUGCUGAAGAGCAAGAGCUUCUCGGUGGCCUACGUGCUGGUGGGGGCAGGAGUGCUGCUGCUGCUGCUCUCCAUCUGCCUCAACCUCCGCCACAAGAAGAGGCAGAGCCAGGAGAUGGUGGCCGUGCGGCACCAGGCGUCUGUAGAGCCCUCCCAGCAGGAGGAGAGCCAAGAAGAGGAUGAGGACACAGCUUCCCAGUACUACGUCCCCAGCUACGAGGAGGUGAUGAACUCAGGCUACUCCGAGCCCAGGGACUCGGACAGGAGCCCCGGGAUGAGCGUUUCCCUGCCCUCCUACGAGUCGCUGGCGGGGCUGGAGGGGAGCAGCCCGAGCCCCGCGGGCACGGAGCCGGGCACGGAGCGGCAGCCCGGCAGGCACGGCUCCCGCCCCAGCAGGCGCCUCAAGCCCCUCAAGGUGCGCAGGAUCAAGUCGGAGAAGCUGCACCUGAAGGACAUCAGGUUGAACAUCGCUCCCGGGAACCCCAGCGGCGCUCCCGUCACCAUCGAGCCCUUGACGCCCCCCCCGAAGUACGAGGAGAUCCAGGACAAAGUGCCAGGGGGCCAGCAAGCGACUUAA